AUGUCCGAAAUUCCAGAAGAUUCCCAAGUUUCCAUUUUCAGCAGAAAUGAAAGAAAAGCCAGAGAAAUAAUCAAGAAAUUGGGUUUGAAACAAGUCACUGGUAUUAGCAGAGUCACUUUCAGAAAGAAGAACAACCAAAUCUUUGCAAUUGACCACCCAGAAGUUUUCAAGUCUCAUGGUGGUAACUAUGUUGUUUUCGGUGAGCCAAAGGUUGACGACUUUACCCGUAGAUUAGCUAAAGCUCAACAACAUGCUGCUGCCGCAUCUAAGGAUGAACAAGAGAUUCCUUCUUCUAGCAAAGACGCAGGCUCAAUUCAAGCUGACAUGCUAGCUGCCGCUGAAAAAUCUAGUCAAUCACCAUCUGCUGAAGCUUCCGCUCCUUCCGCUGGCGCUUCUGAAACCGAACAAGUUGAUGAAACAGGUUUGGACGCUGACGAUAUUGAUUUGGUCAUGCAACAAGCUAACGUUUCUAGAAGUGAAGCUAUCAAUGCAUUGAGAAAACACGACCAAGAUAUCGUUAAUGCCAUCAUGUCUUUCUCCAGAUAA